CUGACCACAUUUUCAGAUAGAGCCUUAUCGUGCCUUGAGCGCAAAAAAACAAUCUUUAUUAACCUAAAUUAGGCUAUGCUUUAAUCUAAAGCAACAACGAGGAAUGCAUUAAUAAAAUGCUUCAUUUUAAGGAGGCAAGACAUGAGUGGUGCCAUCAAUACAACAUUUCAAAUAUUGUAGCCUAUACAAGAAGAAAGGAUUUAAAAAGUUAACUGAUCUUUGUUCUUUAACAAGAGCGCGGCGAGGAUUUCAGAAGUGGGCGGGUGAAUCGAAAGUGAAAGUACAGAAGCCAUUUUGAUGAAGCCAAAGUCUGUAAACCAUUUUACAGCGCCAAUCUGCUGCAUUUCUCUCCGUGCUGUGAUCACACAAAUCUGAACCUAACUAGCUGCAGAUAACUGUUUGGACCAACAACCGAGACAGAACAACCAAUGAAGAUGAAUGAAGGUCUUACGGGUGUGGAACGACAUGAGGUGAUGGAGCGAACUGUCAAUCAGCCAUCAGACACUCGUGAUCUUCGGAUUUUGCUGAUCGGCAAAACCGGUUCAGGAGUGAGUGCUUCUGGAAACACUAUCCUGGGAGAAAAUGUGUUUCCAUCCAGUCGGAGCCUGACCUCCAUCACUAACAGAUGUCAAAAACACACAGCUGACGUGUCAAACAGAAGAAUUACUGUACUGGAUACUCCAAACUUCUUUAAUUCAUCUGACAUUGAUCUAAGUGUGGAGUUAAAGAGAGGACUGAACAUGUGCUCUCCGGGAAUCCAUGUGAUCCUUCUGGUUCUCCCUUUACACACUUUCACUCAGCAAGAUGUGGAUACCCUGUUCUUAUUCAAGCAGAUGUUUGGAGUGAAGGCCAUGAAACACACAUUUGUCCUUUUCACACAUGGAGACGAGCUUCAAAAUAAAUCUCUUGAUCAACUAAUAAGACAAAAUGCAGAACUGUCCAAACUGACACAGGAGUGUGGAGGGAGAUUUGACCUGCUGAACAACAAAGAUCUGAACAACAGAGAUCAGGUCACCAAACUCUUGAUGAAGAUCCAACGAAUGGUGUCUGACAAUGAGAACAGCUGCUACACUUUACAGAUGUUUAAAGAUCAGUCGCUCAGAGUAUUUCUGCUGAGAUUUAUGAAGCCCAAAUACCUGUAUGCAGUCAGUGUUGUCAUUGUGUUUGCUCUGGGUUGUGUUAAUGGGAGGAAUGAAGGUUCAUUUGAUGUUAAAUCAUUUCUGUAUGGCUGUGCUGGAGGUGUGUUAUCAGCAGUGACAGGAGCCGCUUCAGGAGCCGUUUGCACACAGAUAUACAACAAUCACAGGGUCAGGAGAUUCACUGAAGUACAUCUGAAAUCUGAUCUGCUGGAAAUCAUGUGUGGUUGUGCUGCUGGAGGGAUCACGGGGUGUUUUGUGGGUCCAGCAGGUUUAUCAGCUACAUUAUUGAGAGGAACACUGGGGGGUGUUGGGGUUCCACUCUUCUGGAAUUUGCAUGAUAAAAUAUUAUAUUGAUAUUAUGGAUGAUUAUAAUAAAUGGAUGCACAGACAGUUCAUUGUGCAGAAUGUAAUAAA